AUGGCGCCUCUCGCCACCGCCCUCACCGCCACAAUGGCGCCUCUCGCCACCGCGCCGCCUCCUACUCCCCAUGACCCGCGCUCUCUCGUCCCACGGAUAAGGCCGCGGCGAGGCCUGACGGCACUGCGCGCGGCCUCAGAGGGAACAACGGAUGGGUGGACGCCGGGAAGUUGGCGUGCGCGCCCUGCGCGGCAGAUCCCGGAGUACCCCUACACGGCGGCGCUGGAGGCUACAGAGCGAACUCUGGCGGAGUUUCCACCCCUAGUGUUCGCGGGUGAGGUGCGGAAGCUGGAGGAGCGGCUCGGGGAGGCGGCCAUGGGUGGGGCAUUCCUCCUGCAGGGCGGCGACUGCGCCGAGAGCUUCAGGGAGUUCAAUGCAAAGAACAUCCGCGACACCUUCCGGCUCAUACUGCAGAUGGCCGUCGUUCUCACCUUCGGUGGACAGAUGCCCACCAUCAAGGUUGGAAGGAUGGGUGGUCAAUUUGCGAAGCGAAGAUCGAACCCAACUGAGACUAGAGAUGGGGUAACCCUUCCAUCCUACAGAGGAGAUAUCAUCAACGAUCAGGCUUUUGAUGAGGAAUCUCGUGUACCAGAUCCUGAAAGGUUGAUUAGAGCCUAUACCCAGUCUGCGAGCACCCUGAAUCUUCUCAGAGCAUUUGCCCAUGGAGGUUUUGCGGAUCUUCAGAGAGUCACCCAGUGGAAUCUCGACUUCUUGAGGCACAGCACACAAGGAGACAGGUAUCUGGAGUUUUCUCAGAGGGUUCAUGACGCCAUUGGGUUUAUGGUUGCCGCUGGGCUGACCCCUCAACACCCCAUCAUGACCACAGCUGAGUUAUGGACAUCCCAUGAGUGCCUUCACUUACUAUACGAGCAAACACUGACUAGGAAGGAUUCCAUUACUGGCCUGUACUAUGACUGUUCCGCACACAUGCUUUGGGUCGGUGAGAGGACUCGGCAGCUGGAUGGUGCUCAUGUUGAAUUCCUUCGUGGUAUUUCAAAUCCUCUGGGUAUAAAGGUAAGUGAUAAGCUUGAUCCAUCAGAGCUUGUGAAGUUGUGUGAGACUCUGAACCCUCACAACAAGCCCGGGCGAUUGACGAUUAUCACAAGAAUGGGGGCUGAGAACAUGCGUGUUAAGCUUCCACGAAUGAUCAGAGCAGUGCGCCAAGCUGGGAUGAUUGUUACUUGGGUUAGUGAUCCUAUGCACGGAAACACAAUCAGCGCACCAUGCGGACUGAAGACAAGAUCAUUUGAUGCAAUCAGGGCUGAACUCGGGGCUUUCUUCGAUGUUCAUGGGCAAGAGGGAAGCCACCCUGGAGGGAUUCACCUGGAGAUGACAGGGCAGAAUGUUACAGAGUGUAUCGGGGGAUCUAAGGCGGUAACAUUUGAUGAUCUCAGUGCCCGCUACCACACGCACUGUGACCCCAGACUGAACGCGUCGCAGUCCCUCGAGCUGGCUUUCGCCAUUGCUGACAGGUUAAGGAACAAGAGAGACAAGGCAUGGCAUAAUUUGACAUCCAGAGUUGUUUCCUAA